AUGUUUGGCAUGAUCCAGCGCCGCGCCUUCUCCUCCUCCGCGAGGAACCUCUCCAAGGUUGCCGUUCUCGGCGCCGCCGGUGGUAUUGGCCAGCCUCUCUCCCUCCUCCUCAAGCUCAACCCCAAGGUUACCGAGCUCUCUCUACGAUAUCCGUGGAGCUCCCGCCUCGUGCACCAACACACGCAGCCUCGACUAAUAAUCUCUUUAGGUGUCGCCGCUGAUGUCUCCCACGUCAACACCAAGAGCACCGUCAAGGGCUACAGCCCCGAGGGCACCGGUCUCGCCGAGGCCCUCAAGGGCGCCGAGGUCGUCCUCAUCCCCGCCGGUCACUGCCCCAACGCCAACCUCCUCAUCAUCUCCAACCCCGUCAACUCCACCGUCCCCAUCUGCGCCGAGGUCUUCAAGGCCAAGGGUGUCUACAACCCCAAGCGCCUCUUUGGUGUCACCACCCUCGACGUCGUCCGCGCCUCCCGCUUCGUCUCCGAGAUCAAGGGCACCAACCCCAAGGACGAGAACAUCACCGUCGUCGGUGGCCACUCCGGUGUCACCAUCGUCCCCCUCUUCUCCCAGAGCAGCCACCCCGACCUCUCCGCCAACGCUGGUCUCGUCAACCGUGUCCAGUUCGGUGGUGACGAGGUCGUCAAGGCCAAGGACGGUGCUGGCUCCGCCACUCUCUCCAUGGCCAUGGCCGGUGCCCGCAUGGCUGACUCCGUCCUCCGCGCCGCCUCUGGCGAGAAGGGCGUCAUUGAGCCCACCUUUGUCGACUCUCCUCUCUACAAGGACCAGGGCAUCGAGUUCUUCUCCUCCAAGGUCGAGCUCGGCCCCAACGGUGUCGAGAAGAUCCUCCCCGUCGGUGAGGUCGAUGCCACCGAGAAGGGUCUCCUCGAGGCCUGCUUCGGCGACCUCAAGAGCAACAUCGCCAAGGGUGUUGCCUUUGCCAACCAGAAGAACUAA